AUGAAAGUCAAACGAAACUUUACUAGUGGUGUUUUAUUAAUAAUUGCCACUUCAAUUAUGAUAACUACCGAUUGUGUUAAUAAAAGAGGUGGUGGUCCGAGCAGAUCUAGAAGGGCAAAAAAUUCGAUCGUGAGUGUCCUUACUAUGAGUCCAAAGACUUUUCUAAAUUGGAGAAUAAGUAAUUUGGGCAGUAAAAAUUAUUAA